UUUUGAAAUUCAAAAAGUUGCCGUUAACAAAAGAUCUACCAUUCCUUCCUCGCGGACGGCUAUAUAGCGUAUAUGCCAGAUCCCAGAUUGUGACAGAACUGGGCGGAGAGAUUAGGGAAGGGGACAAUCUGAGAGAGAGAACGAGGAUGGAGACCAACGGUGCUAUUGCGGUGAUGACCGUUGACGGUGGCAAAAAAACUCUCGGAGCAGGGACGUCGGCGAUGGAAUUAUUCGAGAAGCUUGAGAAAGUGGGAGAAGGGACUUACGGGAAAGUUUACAGAGCGAGAGAGAGGGCGACUGGAAGGAUUGUGGCCCUGAAGAAGACCAGGCUUCCAGAGGACGAAGAAGGUGUCCCUCCCACCACUCUUCGCGAGAUUUCACUCUUGCGUAUGCUCUCUCGGGAUAGGCAUAUUGUCAAAUUGAUUGAUGUCAAACAAGGACAAAAUAAGGAAGGAAAGACGGUUCUCUAUCUGGUGUUUGAAUAUAUGGACAUGGACCUGAAGAAAUUUAUCCGCAGCUUCCGUCAGACUGGAGAAAACAUUCACCCCCAAACUAUUAAGAGUUUGCUUUACCAGCUUUGCAAAGGAAUGGCUUUCUGCCAUGGCCGUGGUGUUUUGCACAGAGAUUUGAAGCCCCACAAUCUACUGAUGGACCGGAAGACAUCAAUGCUUAAAAUUGCUGAUCUAGGGCUUGCCCGAGCAUUCACUCUGCCUAUCAAGAAGUACACUCAUGAGAUAUUGACCCUCUGGUAUAGAGCUCCUGAGGUUCUUCUGGGUGCCACUCACUAUGCAACAGCAGUUGAUAUGUGGUCUGUUGGUUGCAUAUUCGCUGAGCUAAUCACUCAACGUGCACUCUUUCCUGGAGAUUCUGAGUUGCAGCAGCUACUGCACAUUUUCAGAUUGCUGGGUACACCAAAUGAAGAAGUAUGGCCAGGGGUGAGCAAGUUGGUGAACUGGCAUGAAUAUCCCCAAUGGAAACCCCAACCACUUUCAUCUGCUGUCCCCAAUCUGGAUGAAGAUGGCCUUAAUCUUCUGGCGGAGAUGCUGCACUAUGAACCAUCAAGAAGAAUUUCAGCAAAGAAAGCUAUGGAGCAUCGCUAUUUUGAUGAUCUCGACAACAAGUCGAGUCUGUAGGGGUGGGGGGAGGUGACAUACCUGACAUGACCUGCUUGCUGGAUCUCAAUCAACUCAGACAAAUUUCAGUUUGUCAUCAACCAUCUUGUACUCGCAGCGCCGUCUUCUUGACGGUUUUUUAAUUUAGACCGUCUGCAUUAACUCUUUUAUAUGUAGUGAUAUAAGAAGGUUAUUGUUAUUCAAGGGGGGCAUCAAGAUAGAACUGAAAUUCUGAAAGGCUUGUGUGUGAAGUGAUUUAUUUGACACAGUUCUUUCUCUAAUGACAACCAAGUGUUAUUAAAUCUUA